AUGGCAUAUCGUUUCGUUUUGUUUUGUCGACAUUUACAACAAACACGAUCUCUUUCCAGCAUGAUUGUCAAUCCGUUCGGUGUCACUAAAGCUAUUCGACGUAAUCAGCGCGGAUGGCGAAAUUUAGUCAAACCUUAUUUGAUCUCAACGAUCGGAAUUGGCACAAGUGCGACUAUAGGAGAUUUCAUCUGUCAAUAUUUAGAAAGAAAUAAACAAAGAAAUCUGUUUCAUCCACCACCUUCUUCCAUACUACCAUGGUGGGAUAAGCAACGUUCUCUAGUUAUGUGUGUUUCAUCGACAUUCGUUGUUGCACCUUGGAAUUUCACACUUUCAAGAUUCAUCGAGAAUCUAUUUCCAGGAAAACAGGGUGCUCAAAUUGUGAAGAAAAUGCUCACUAAUACAUUACUUGCUCCUCUUGGUAUAUGCCUUGUUUUUGUCUCGGUAACCCUUUUGAACGGUCGAUCUUUUCGCGAAGCCAAGAUGAAGAUUAAAAAUGAUCUAGUGAAAACAUUUCUAACUGGAACAUGUUACUGGCCAUUUAUUUCGUUUAUUAAUUUUCGAUUCGUACCACUCGAUUACCGACCAUUUGUUGGAAGUUUAGCUGGUGCUAUAUGGAAUAUUUAUAUAUCGUCGAUUGCCAAUGCUACGGUGGAUAAAUCAAAUCAUACCAAACCGAAGUCAACUUUUUUAGACGUCAUUGGCGAAAAAACCAAAACAGAAUUACGAGAAAUAGGACAUGUCUUGUUAGAAAAGAAUAAAAAAGAUCUGUAA